AUGUCUGAAUUAACUGAAAGUAAGCUAGAAGAAGAAAUAGAAAAUAUUAAAGCAGCGCUGAUACAAAUCAAUGGAUCCUCAUUAGAACAGAUUUCUCAAGAAAUUUCCAUAGUUGAGCCUUACCAAGAUGAAGAAUAUGAAAGUGACGAGAUUUCAAAAACUAAAAGAAAUCAACAAUGCUUAAAAAUCCCAAGACGAAAAGAAGAAAAUCAGUGGGAACUAUCGCUUUUACUUGAAUCUGAAAGAGAAAAAAACUCAAUUCUUCAGGAAAGGAUUGAUCAAAAAGACAAAAUGCUGGACAAUUUAAAUAGUCAUUUAAGCGAUUUAUACGGAUCUAUAGAGCAGCUUCAGAAUAAACAAAAAAUUCUGAUAAAAGAUUUGACGACUUGGAAAAAUAAAGCAGUUUCACUCGAAGAAGAAAAUGCAAAAUACGACCUAAAACUCAAGGAAAAAGAUGAAGAAAUCGAAAUGCUUAAAAAAGACAAAAAAGCCGCUGUUUCUAAAGAGUUUGAACUAAAAGAAAAAUUACUUGAUGCAAAGGUAGAAGCAGAUGCCAAUAUAAAAAUUAUGCAGAAUAGUAUUGAGGAAAUUAAACUAAAAAACGAAAAAACUAGUAAAGAAAAAGAAGAAGCUUUAAAUGGAAUUGCUGAGCUGAAACAGCAAAUAAAAAAUAAAGAAAGUGAAUAUAAAUUUCUUCAGCUUGAAAAUGACACUUUUAGAGAAAAGCUCCAAGAAAUGGACAAAUCAGUGGUCAGUUUAAGGGAAAAUUGCAGAAAAAGUGAUGAAAAAAUCAAAAAUUUAAAAAAUGAAAAAGCAAGGCUUGAGCAGACCUGCUUGAGUUUAAAAAAUGAGGCUAAAUCUAGUGAAAAUAUUUCAAACUCAGCAACAAUAGAAGAAUUAUAUAAAAUAACAGGGACUUCUAAUGAAAAAACUCUUGUUUCCCAUAUAACCCAUCUAGCCCAAUCAUAUACUUCAAGCAAAAAAUAUAAGAAAUUGGUGAAAAGAAUAACUGAAGUUAUCCAAGACGUCUAUAAAUCAGACUCAAGCCCAACCAAGCCUACUUGCACAGAAACAUGAAAUAGUCUUAUAAAUAUUAUAGAGGAAUAUAUGAUUUUCCGAAAUGGUUUGCAAGGACAAAUUCUUGUCAAAAUAUGCCAAUUUUUCAAUUUAAAAUCUAUAAGCUUAAUUGUUGGCCAUUUAGAACAAUUAAAAAAGAAUAGACAAAGUAUUAUUUAA